CAGUAGUUUGUGAACUUACCCAGGCUUUGGAGGGAGGUUCAGACUUGCCAGGUUAUAGACAUACUUAUUUUUACUUCUAGGAUUUAUGAAAGAGAAAAACUUUGUUCUCAAGGAGAUAGGAUGAAGGUUGUGGGAGAAAAACAAUCAGGAAGCAUUUAUUAACUUUCUGCUAUGUUUUUGCACUGGACAAUUUAAGAAAUAAAACAAAGGAUUUUAUAUUCCAUCAGAAAGAUUACUAUCUAAGGUGGUUAGGAAAGGGAUAAGGAAAGACUUCGUGUAGAACAUGGUAUGGGCUUAAAGUGAGGGGUUCUAUAAGGCAAAAUGGCAGAAGGGGCAUUCUGGGCACAGGAGCAGGCAAUUAAAAAGACACAGAGAAGGGAGAUAGUGCCAGGUAUGAGAAACAGAAAAAAAAAGACUAGUUUGACCAGAUCAGCAUGCAGGAAAGGAAGUAAUAUAUAUGAUGGAGCUGCAAAGUUAGAUUGGGGCUAGGUUGUGAAGGGUUUGAAAAGUUAACCAGAGCUUGUUUUAUCUUAGAGAUAAUAGGCAGCCAUUGAAAUUUAUUGAGUAAGGGAGUAAUAUAGUCAGACCUGAGCUUAAGGGAAAUAACUCUGGCAUCUAUAUGGCAGCUGGAUUGGUGUAGAAUGAAACGAGUUAGGAAGACUAAUAAAGAGGCUAAUAUAAAAAAGUUCAGGCAAGAGGUGAUAAGGACCUGAAUUAAAGUGAUGCUUCUAUGAGGACAGAAGAGGAGUCAUACAAAAUUUGUUAAGGAGGUACACAUAGCAAGAUCUGUCAUCUGGUUAUAGAGAUGGAGGGGGAGGCACAGGAGUCUAGUAUAGCUCUGAGGUUGCAAACCUAGGAGAAUGGAAAAAUUAUAGUGCUGUUGACAGAAGUAGGGACAAUUUUGGAGGAAAGAUGAUGAACUUUGUUUUGAACAUGUUGAGUAGAAAUGCCUAUGAGACAUCCAGUUUGAAAAGUCCACCUCCUUCCCAUCUAACUCUGGCUUUAUCAGUGGGAGCCUUGUCCACACCAGAGGAGAGACUAGGGCUGGAUAAAUGGAUCUAUGAGCCAUCUCCAUGGAGGUGAUCAUUAAAUCAGGAGAGAUGCUUUGUCAUCAAAAAGAGGAGGAACAUCCAGAGUUAUGGAAAGGAUCGUGGGGGAGAAGGGAAAGGGAUGAGCCAGCAAAGGAAACUAAGGAACGGUCACCGAGGUGCUGCCAUUGGAGGAGAACCAGGAGGGAGGGACGCUGUGAAAUCCCAGCAUACAGGUCAGAGCAUCCCUGUAUGAGGAGGGUGCGGUGAGCAGCGCCCAGGCUUCACAGAGGCAGAGAAGGCUGAAGUGAUACCAGCCCAUCUGGCCACCAUCCUAUCACCUCCACGCAGGCAUUCUAGAACAGAAAGGCUGGUUCUAGAAUGACUUUUUUUUUUUCAUGAGAGAGGGUCAGGUCUAGAAAAAUUCUAGUUUUCAAUAGGAAUGGUAAAAAAGGAACAUUCCCAGUUGGGCUCCGGGUCCUUAAGAACGAGGCUGGGGGAGUGAUUCUCUGCUAACCCUCCCUUGUGGGGAGCCCCUUGUUGUAGCCCACCCCCUUCCCGUCUCCCUCCGGCUUCACCAGCAUGAGCUUGGUCCACCUCCCGCUGCUGCUUUGGAGCUGGGGAAGCCUCCGGGCUUUCGAGCUGGUAGAAAAGGAGAACAUUUUUCAGAAGGUGCCGUGUCCCGCCUUCUUGAUGUUUGACAAUGCGGCUUAUCUGGCUGACAUGACCUUUGAGCUGCCCUGCCGCUGCAAGCCCGAGGAGGUGACCGCUGUGGUCUGGUACUACCAGGAGCACUUAGGGAGCCUGCACACCAGAGUCCUGACGGACUUCGACGGGCGCGUGAUGGUGGACUCGGGGCAGGUGCGCGUGGGCAGCAGCAUGCUGGCCCGCUUCAGCAUCCGCAUGUUCAGCUUGCUGGUGUUCCGGGCCCAGCCCGAGGACUCGGGGCUCUACCUCUGCGGGACGCGCCGCGGGGACUAUUUCUACGGCUACGACGUGGACAUACAGAGCGGCCAGAAGAUGGUGGCGGCGUUCACUGAUGAAGGCCAGGAGCCGCGUGAGGACGAGGAGCGCGGGAACCUGCACAUCUUCACCACCUUCUGGGAGUGGACCCGCUGCGACCGCUGCGGGGUUCGGGGCGAACAAUGGCGGAUUGGGCUCUGUUACCUGCAGAAGCCGGGCCUCUCCCCCCGGUUCCGGAAGAACGUGCCCGACGUGGUGUCUUGUGGCUCCCGGGCAGUGCCCGGGAGCCUGCGCAACAUGGCGGGCCGCCACCGUCCGCCGGAGCUGAUGGUCCGGAGCUGCAUGGUGCCCUGCAAGAAGAAGGCGCAGAGCGGGCUGAUGGCCAUCUUCACCUUCAUCUCCAAGCUGGGCAGCAAGCCGUGGAUUCCCAAAGUACCCAUUCAGUUCCACAAACAGAGGCUGGGCCACGGGCUCAUCAUUUCCUGCCCGGGGGCGCGCCCGGAGCACGCCGUAGCCUGGGACAAGGACCGCCUCCGUCUGUACCGCACCAGCUUCCUGAAGGGAGUCAACCGAUCCAUGAGGCUCUUCAUCGACCACGGCAACCAGUUCCACAUCCGGUUUGCCCAGCUGAACGACAGGGGCACCUAUUACUGCUGGCGAGACGGGGAGAUGGUGGCCGGCUUCCGGGUGACUGUGACAUCCCGAGGGCGCUACUACGGUUCCCUCUCGGACCCCGAGACCCAGUACGCCCUACAGGCGGCCUUGGUGGGCUACGUGUUCAUCACCGCCCUCUUCAUCCUCAUCCAUUUAUGCCGCUGCUGCUGCUAUUUCUUUGUCUGCUGCCCUGAUCUCUAGACUUAACCCUUAGACCUUGAAGACCAAUUAUUUAUCGAAUACAUUAGUGAAAUGGUUAGAAUUCUAACGCUCCUGCACCUCGGUGGGAAGCGGCCCGGGGAAGCCGGAGCACACACGGUUGGCUGUAGCUCCCCAAGCUACUGUGGAACGAACAGUAUCGUGAGCACAGACUAGAAAUGGGUCUGGGCUCAGAACCUGACUCGCUCUCCCUUCCCCUAAACGAGGUGUGGCUGAGAGAUGGGGGCUUAGACCCUCCCUUCCAAGAUGGUGGGGCAAAGAGAGAAGGCUUCAUGGGCAGCUCUGUGGAGCUGGCUGCUGCUUUGGGAAAAAGCCUCAGCCGCCACGGGCCUGUUCUGUUUUAAAAACAUCUUGUUUGUAAACUACAUUCGCUCAGUGUAAGAGUCCGGAAUGAUACUGCGCGGGAAGCGAAGGGCAGGAAGCGCACGGUUAUACUCCCCCACCCAAUGCUGAGUGAAGUCCCAUUAGCGUGGAAGGGAAGUGGAGAGGAGUUAAGGCUCAGGGGCAGGGUGAUGGGAUGGGGUUGGCACAGCCCCCUCCCGUGGGAGAGCCGAGAGGUGGGCUCCCUUCCCUCCUGUUCCGUGACCUUCCCUUAUGGCACAGCAUUAAAAGGCAGCUCAUUAAAGCCAGCUAAAUACAUGAGUGUGUCUGACAGCAUACGUGAUAGUGCACACGCGGGAGUUCUCUCCCAGCUCUGCCCUGCCGCAGGCAGCCAGGCGUGGCCAGCUUACAGGCCGGACUCCCGAGGGAAAAUGAAGUGGGCUUCCAAGUGAGCGACAGGGACACGGAGCUCGGGCCUUUUCUGGGCCGCCGGCUAGGGAAGGUUGUGCUGAGAGCCGGGAUCCACCGGCUGAGCUGCGAACCCAAAGUGAGGUUCCGUUAGGGAGGUUGGUGAUUGGGCGCAUGUGCGGCCCAGAUCUGUGAACCAGCCCUGGCCGCCCUAGUUAAAGCCUACUGGGGAUGGAAUGGGGAAUCGGUGUGGGCUAAGUGCCCAAGGAGAGUGGCCAGUGGCUCUCAGCUGUGAGGGAAGCCAAAGAGGGGGGACAGCGAGGCUUGCUCCUGCCCCAGGUCUGUGCACGGGGCUUCCCUCUCAAACAUAAAUCAGGUGCUCACUCUAGUGAAUGCAGACGGCUUUAUUAGGUAUCCUCUGCCACCAACUAGGUUAAAGUCAGCGAUGGCGAAGCAGUGAGGUGACAGAACUAAAAUAAAAAAGCCAUGGGUGAAGAAAAUUCCAGCAAGAGGAAAGGUUCUCCAUCAUCUUCCAAGGUCCGGCCUGUUGGUGUGAAGUGGGGGUCCUGGAACAUAUGCUCCCAAAGCACCUCUUAGGCAACCCAUAUUCCUCCACUCCCAACCCUUACACAGAAUGCUAAGGAGGCACACUGGGCCAAAUGCUACAUUUAAAGCCAAGCCUUUUCAGCCUAAUCUUUUCCUCUGAUGCUUUUCCUCAGUUUUCCCAUGUUUAAAAAUGGGGCCAAGGCUGGUAGUAUGGAAGGGAGGAAGGGAGGAAGUUGCUGCGGUCAUUAAUACAUUAGAAAUACAGCUAAUCAGUAAUGUGUGAGAGAGGGAUAGAGCAUCCAAGCAGCCUCUGCAAUGUGUAGGGAGCACCAGUGGUGCUUAGCAUGGAUGUCUAUCAGAGAAAUUACUGGGGGAAAGAAGCACCCCACUAAAUUUGACUUGCAAAACUAAAGUUUAAACUUAUACUAAGAAAUGGGAAAUUAUAGAUUGUCCUGUUUGAAUUUAUGAGAGAAAGAAAGGAAGGAAAAUCAGGAUUGGGUUUAGAAUCUAAUUUAUGUAGAGAAGAAAUGGGGGGAAAUGGGGAAAGAUGAAGGGCUGUAGAGGUGGGAUGGUAUAAAAA